ACCAGAGCUGCCAUGGAGGACCUGUGCAGUGGAAGUGGUCUGGAUCAGCUGUGGGACUGGAACCUGACCUGGUACACAUCCAGACCAGACCUGACUCAGUGUUUCCAGCAGACUAUCAUGGUGUGGUCCCCCUGCGUCUACCUGUGGACCUGCUCUCCUCUUUACCUCAUCUACCUGCAGCUCCGUCCCCACAGAGGCGUCAUCCCACUGUCCAAACUGUGCUGCAGCAAGACGCUCCUGGGUUUGAGUCUGGCUUCUUUGGGACUUCUGGAAAUGUUUUACCUGCUGGUGAAGAAGAAUGAAGAAAUCCAGAAACACCUGCUGGUCCUGAUGAGUCCUCUGAUCAGGAGCUUCACCCUGGUUCUGGCAGUUAUCAUCAUCUGGGUAGAGAGGAUGAAGGGAACUCGUUCUUCUGUUCUCCUCUUCCUCUUCUGGACUCUUCUGGUUCUUUGUUCCAUCGUUCCGCUGAAGGUCCACAUCCAGCAGAUCAUGGAUCAGGGUUUUUCAGACGACGCUCUUCGAACUGCGGCCAUUCUCUUCUGUUUUUCACUUCAAUUCAUCCAACUGAUCCUGAGCUGCUUCAGUGACAUCCGGCCAACCGGCAAACGACCCACCGUUAACCAGAACCAGUGUCCAGAGGAAGACGCGUCAUUCCUCUCAAGGUUCUUCUUCUUCUGGUUCAGCGGUUUGGUUCUUCGAGGUUACCGCUGCCCCCUGCUGGCUGAAGAUCUUUGGCAUCUUCGGGAGCAAGACUCGUCCAGCAAGAUCAUGUCGGACCUUGAGACGUUCUGGACGCUGAAGUGCAAUCAGCUGCAGACCCGGUUCUGCUCCAGAAGAGGAUCCACCACCAUCACAGAGAAGACCCAACUGAUGACCAAGACCAGAACCGGACCUGGCUACCAUUUCCUGAUCCUGCACACUCUGGGGCGGAGUUUCGGACCUUACUUCCUGUGUGGGACAGUGUGUCUCGUCCUCCAUGAUGCAGUCGUCUUCACUGUCCCACAAGUCCUCAGGUUGCUGCUCAGCUUUAUGGAGGAUGCAGACGCUGCACUGUGGAAAGGCUUCUUUUUUGCCGUCCUCCUCUUCCUGUUGUCGUGUCUUCAGUCGGUUCUCCAUCAUCAGUACAUGUUCCACUGCUUUACUGUCGGCAUGAGAACUAAGACCGCCGUCAUGGGCCUGGUCUACAGAAAGAGCCUGGUGAUGAGCAGUGUGGCACGGCAGCAAUGCACCCUGGGAGAAAUCAUCAACCUGGUUUCAGCUGACACCCAGAAGCUGAUGGACUUUGUGGUUUACUUCAACAGCACUUGGAUCGCUCCCAUUGAGAUUGCCGUGUGCUUCUACUUUCUUUGGCAGCUCCUGGGCCCCCCUGCUCUGGCUGGUCUCUCUGCAGUUCUCCUUAUCUUCCCUCUGAACGGCUUCAUUGCUAAACUGAGAAGUAAACUUCAGGAGGUUCAGAUGAAGUUUACUGACGGCCGGAUCAAACUGAUGAACGAGAUCCUGGGUGGUGUAAAGAUACUCAAGUUUUACUCGUGGGAAGAUGCCUUCCUGCGGCGAGUUGACAUUCUUCGAGACGGAGAACUGGGAGCACUGAAGAGAUCUCAGAUUCUGUACUCUGUUUCUCUGGCUUCAUUCAACUCCUCCUCCUUCCUGAUUGCCUUGUCUGUGUUUGGCGUCUAUGUGUUGGUGGAUGAGCGGAACGUCCUUGAUGCUGAGAAAAUCUUUGUUUCUGUUGCUUUGAUCAACAUCUUAAAAACUCCUCUAAGCCAGCUUCCCUUUGCCAUGAGCACCUCCAUGCAGGCCGCCGUGUCUCUAAGACGUCUGGGAAACUUUCUGAGUCAAGAUGAAUUGAAGACGGACAAUGUGGAACGACACCCUCACAGUACAGAAGGACAUGCAGUGGUGAUUGAAGGUGGAGUCUUCUCCUGGUCCAAUAGCGGCUCAGCGUGCCUGCAGAAUGUCAACAUGAAGUUGAAGACAGGGUCUCUGGUGGCAGUUGUUGGCCAUGUCGGUUCUGGAAAGUCCUCUCUGCUGUCGGCCAUGCUAGGAGAGAUGGAGAGGAUUAGUGGCUCAGUCUCCCUUCAGGGUUCAGUGGCCUAUGUCCCCCAGCAGGCCUGGAUCCAGAACGCUUCACUGAAGGACAACAUCCUGUUUGGAGGAGACAGGAAGGAAAGCUGGUACCAUCGUGUCCUAGAGGCCUGCGCUCUGCUGCCAGACCUCCAUAUUCUGCCAGCUGGAGACAGCACUGAGAUCGGAGAAAAGGGUCUCAACCUAUCAGGAGGACAGAAGCAGAGGGUCAGUCUCGCUCGAGCUGUUUACAGGAAGACCGAUGUUUACCUGCUGGAUGACCCGCUGUCUGCAGUGGACGCUCAUGUGGGACAGCACAUAUUUGAUCGGGUCAUUGGACCUGCAGGACUCCUCAGAGACAAGACCAGGAUCCUGGUGACUCAUGGCCUCAGCUUCCUGUCCAAGGCAGACCUGAUCCUGGUGAUGGAAGAUGGCCACGUGUUUGAGAUGGGAUCCUACGUGGAGCUGAUGGAUCGAAAGGGGGCUUUCUCCAAGUUUGUCCACAGCUUCAGUGGAGGCCGGCGCAGAGAUGUGUGUGUAGGCAGCAGGAAGUCAGUCUCUCGUGUCAGCAUCACAGAUUUUUCAAUUGAUCUUUCUCAGGAGCAGCUCAUCAGCUGUGACCUGAGCAGUGCCAGCCUCCAGCUGGUGGAGGUGAUGGAGGAGGACCUGGCAGGUGGAGCAGCGGACGCCGGGAAGCUGACGGAGGCAGACAGAGCUCACACAGGAAGAGUGGCGCUGCAGACCUACAGACAGUACUUCAGGACGGUGGGCCUCACCUUCAUCAUGACGGUGGUGUUUCUGGGAGCCUUCCAGCAGGCCGCCUCUCUGGCCUACAGCUACUGGCUGAGCCUGUGGGCCGACGAGGCGCCGCUCAACGCCACGCAGGGCGACCGGCAGCUCCGCCACGGGGACCACCAGCUCCGGCUCAGCGUCUUUGCUGCCCUUGGCUUCACUCAAGGCCUGGCCAUGUUCGGGACCACCCUGGCCGUGGCCCUGGGGGGCCUGGUGGCGUCGCGGCAGCUCCACGCCGACCUGCUGCACAGCGUUCUCCACUCUCCCAUGUCGUUCUUCGAAGCCACGCCCAGCGGGAACCUCCUGAACCGGUUCUCCAAAGAGAUCGACGCCAUCGACUGCAUGAUCCCCGACGGGCUGAAGAUGAUGCUGGGCUACCUGUUCAAGCUGCUGGAGGUCUGCAUCAUCGUGCUGCUGGCCACGCCCUUCGCCGGCCUGGUGCUGCUGCCGCUCACCGCCGUCUACGUCUUCAUCCAGAGCUUCUACGUGGCGUCGUCCUGCCAGCUGCGGCGCCUGGAGGCCGUCAGUCGCUCUCCGGUCUACAGUCACUUUAACGAGACGGUUCAAGGCGCCGGCGUCAUCCGGGCCUUCGGCGAGCAGCGGCGCUUCAUCCUGCAGGCGGAGCGGCUCGUCGACUCCAACCAGCAGGCCUACUUCCCUCGAUUUGUGGCCACCAGGUGGCUGGCGGUGAACCUGGAGUUCCUGGGGAACCUGCUGGUUCUGGCAGCAGCCGUCUUUUCGGUGAGGAGCCGUGGUGAACUGAGUCCAGGGGUGGUGGGUCUGGCUCUGACUCACUCUCUGCAGGUGACAGGGAUCCUGAGCUGGAUCGUUCGGUCCUGGACUGAUGUGGAGAACAACAUCGUGUCUGUUGAGAGAGUCCGAGAGUACGACCAGACGCCCAAAGAGGCCUCCUGGACCACCGGGUCCGGCUCCCUGCCCGACACGUGGCCCGGCUCGGGAACCAUUGACUUCGAGGCCUACGGACUGCAGUACCGGAAGGGUCUGGACUGGGCUCUGAAGGACAUCUCCGUCAGCAUCCAGGACCGGGAGAAGGUGGGGAUCGUCGGGAGAACCGGAGCUGGAAAAUCCUCCCUGGCUCUGGGAAUCUUCAGAAUCCUGGAACCGGCCAACGGCCGAAUCCUGAUCGAUGGAAGAGACAUUUCUCAGAUCGGCCUCCAUCAGCUCCGAUCCAGGAUCUCCAUCAUCCCCCAGGACCCUGUUCUGUUUUCUGGUUCUCUGAGGAUGAACCUGGACCCAUUUGAGAACUGUUCUGACGAGGAUCUGUGGAGAGCUCUGGAUCUGGCUCACAUGAAGAGCUUCGUCUCAGGUCUGCCUCAGAAACUGGACCAUGAGUGCAGCGAGGGAGGAGAAAACCUCAGUCUGGGCCAGAGGCAGCUGCUGUGUUUGGCCCGUGCUCUGCUGAGGAAGUCCAGGAUCCUGGUUCUGGAUGAAGCCACGGCAGCGGUGGACCUGAACACAGACCAGCUGAUCCAGUCCACCAUCCGCACUCAGUUCCGGGACUGCACCGUGCUGACCAUCGCUCACCGCCUCCACACCAUCCUGGACUACAGCAGGGUGAUGGUGAUGGAGCGGGGCUCGGUGGUGGAGAUGGACUCUCCGGCUCAGCUGCUCCGCCUGCAGGGUGUCUUUUACCAGAUGUGUGUGGAGGCUGGUUUAGAGUGA